AUGAGCAAAGAGGCUUUUGCAGCAGCUGUCAUGCAGUGCUAUUUGUGUAAGCUGCGUACCCAUCAGUGGUGUUUCCUCCUGUUCAACGUCUUGCUCUUCCAUGCAUUGCUGUUCGGGGCAGAUUUUGUUGAGGAGUACCUCCUGCAGCCGUCCCCUGUGGUUUACACUGAUGGUAUGGUUGCAGAUGUGAGGGAGAGAGCAAGAAAACUGGACUUGAGCACCAUAAGGCAGAAUGUAUCCAGAGAUUAUAUAAUUUCUAAUCCCGAUGCCUGCAAAAAACCUGACCUCUUCCUCCUCGCUCUGGUCUUCAGCUCUCCGGCAAAUAUCACCCAAAGAAAUGCAGUGAGGAGAACGUGGGCAGACCAAACACAAAUUCAAGAAUCUUCCAUUAAGGUACUCUUCUUCACAGCAUCGACUGAAUCUUCCACCACCCAACAGGAUCUCAUUAAAGAGUCUGAACUUCAAGGUGAUUUGAUCCAAAGCCGUGUCGUAGAUGUGUCAUCCCUCUAUGGAGCAAAGGAGAACACACUGCUGGCUCUUCGUUGGGUAAUCACGUUCUGUCCUCGAGCACGUUUGGUUCUGUUGACUGAGGACUCUGUAUUCAUAAACCUACCUGCCAUUGGAAGCUACCUGCGAGGGCUUCACAGGAAUUCAGAAGACCUGUAUCUAGGCAGAGUGAUCCAGAAAGAGUCCCCUGACAGGAACCCCAACAGUCCACGCUACCUGUCCCGCAUUCUCUACCCUGACAAGUAUCUACCAGAAUACUGUGAAGGAACUGCUUACAUUUUGUCACAGGAUGUGGUCCGUAAAGUCUACGUUGCAUCAUCGACUGUCCUUACACCCAUCCCGGUUGACGUUUUUGUAGGUUUCUGUGCUCAAAAAGCUGGUGUCACACCAACUCACAGUGCUAGGUUCUCAGGAGAGAGACACAUCCACUACAAUGCCUGCUGCUAUCAACAUCUGUUCAGCUCAGCAGGAAUGGGAAGCCAAGAGCUAGAAAGAGUGUGGCAAGACCUUGAACAGAAACAUGGAAAAUGUUCCCUGCUUAAGACAUACGCUGGGCUUGUGGCCUGCAAAGUUCGUACAUAUUUGGAUAAAAUGUUAUUACAAAACUCAAGAGAGCCGACUUGA